AUGAACAGCCUUCUAGGACACUUAUCUGCAACAGCCGUCAGGUCUUCUUCCAAAAGUCUUCAUAAAAUGGGAAUUAUCACCAACAACAAAGUACGUGGCAUGUCAUACAAUAACAACACCACCCCAAAGAUUCUUUUCCCACAAUCUGCUGGGUUUGAAAUCAUUGAUGCUUACAAAGUGAAGGAUGUGUUCAAUUGGGUGUACCAAUUCAAACUUCCAUUAUUCUACUCGAACCCCGCCCUUGGGUCGAUAAAAGUGGUAGCUAAAAUCACCCAACUUUAUGAAAAGAGCACCAAAGAAUCCAGAUCACAAGGCCCAGUGUUUACCAAAGACGACAAGUUGAUGACGUUCCUCCAAGGCGGUCCAGGAUUCCCUUCGGGAACUCCAAUGGCCAAAGACGGUUUCGUGGGAGCUUUAUUAGAUAAAGGGUAUACCGUGGUAAAUUAUGAUCAGAGAGGAACUGGGUUAAGUACCCCACUUGAGUAUCAUACCCUCAUGGCAUUGGGUAAACAGUUGAAGCACAGUGAGAUCAUGGAUAAUGACGUGGAGAAUUAUUUGCAACUCAUCAAGUGUUUUAGAGCCGAUUCGAUUAUCAAUGAUUGUGAACAAAUUAGAAAAAUCUUAUUCAAACACGAUCCAUUGCAAAAAUGGUCGAUCCAGGGUCAGUCUUAUGGUGGCUUUUGUUGUCAUACUUAUAUGUCGUUCUAUCCAGAUUCUCUUGAUGAAGUAUUGAUGACUGGAGGAAUUCCGGGGAUUGGGAAAUCGGUAGAUGACGUUUAUGAAGCGACUUACAAACGUACCAUCGAAAGAAAUGCGCAUUAUUUCGCGAAAUAUCCUCAAGAUAUCAAGAAAAUGAAAGCGAUUGUGAAAUAUUUGUACCAUAAUGAAGUGGUCUUGCCAAACGGCGGGAAGCUUACGGUACAAAGAUUUCAACAGUGUGGAUUAUCUUUCGGAGGGUCUGGUGGUACUGAUAGAAUCCACCAGUUGGUGUUUAAGUUUUACAAUGAGCUUGAGACGUUUGGGUUUGCAACCUAUAACACAUUGACCACGGUCCAGGACUUUUUGGGAUUCGAUACUAAUGUCAUUUAUGCGCUUUUCCAAGAGGCGAUUUAUUUGGAUGGGCCGGGAAUGUCAUCCAAUUGGUCAGCCGACAGACUAAGAUACUCCGAAGAUCACUGCGAAUUGUUUGCGGUUGAAAAACAUGUGGGAAAAUUCGAUGACCCAGCCUGGCUUGAAGAUGACGACAUUCGCGUGUUUUUCACCGGGGAAAUGGUGUUCAAAUCGAUGUUUGAUGAUUACAGCGAACUCCAACCAUUCAAGAAAUUGGCCUAUGCUAUUCAUACAGACGAUCAAUGGAGCAACAUUUAUGAUCCAGCCACUUUACACAAGGUAUACGAUUCUUGGACCACUUAUUAUCAAAAAGAUUUGCUUUUGCCAAAAUCUUCCCCGAAGAAAGUCUCCAAACAGGACGUGAAAAUCAUUAAAGUUGCGGCGGCAAUUUAUUAUAAUGAUCAAUAUGUGGAUUUCAAAUUGAGCCAGCACACCAUUGAACAACAAAUGGGGAGUAUUAGAACUUAUGUGACAUCCGAGUUCUUCCAUAAUGGAUUGAGUGCGGGUACGAAAACUGUUAUGGAUAGAUUAUUUGGUUUGCUUGAUGAAGAAGUUGAUUAG